UUGUGGUGUACAUAAUUCACCAUACUGUGUUAUUGACAUGUUUUCGUUCUGUGUUAUAGGGCCACUGUCUCUUUAAGAAUCACGUGACUUCUGUGUUGAUAUGCUGGUCGGUGCGAUGUUUGAAUUUAACGCUUUUUAUAUUUUAACGCUUUUUAUAUGACAAAAUGAACGACCCGCUGUUGCUUGUCGAGGUGAGAAAUUGCCUCUUCCCUUAUUUUAUCGCUAUUUAUACAGUCUAUAGACAGAACGUGUUACCUGGCAAAAUUUGUAGACGUGUUUAAAAACAUAACGUCUUACCUGGGCGACUGUCGCAUUGGUGCGUGCGCAUGCGUGUGUUCUUACCUGCGCGUGUACCGAUGGUGGAGCCGUUAAACGUCUUUACUUGUUCAUGUGCGUGUGUGUGUGCACGCGCGUACAUAAAAUUCCCCUCCUUUUGCUUCAUAGUUACCAUACCGAAACUUUACCAAAUAAAGUCAGUUAAAAGCGAUCCUGAUUCGAGUACCUUUUCUUAAAGAACGAUAUCGUGAUAUAUCGCCUAUGCUUAUGUCUUGGGAAAAUAUAGGGAAGUGGUAAUGACUGACAUGCUCAAAGUCUUUGUUUGAGAGCUACAUUAUAUACAAAAUCAUUCCUCUCCACAUUAUUCAUUUUAUAUCUGCCCACUAUGUCUGACAGCCAAACUAAUACGAUACGAUUGUGAUUGAAAAUGGUCAUAUUCUGUGAAUCCGUAUAUUUUAGGAUGUGUUUCCUCCCCCCAUCACUCCCUCUUUUGUUGGUAUGUGUCUGUGAGAGAGUGACAGAGACACAAAGAGAGACACAUACCAACCUCUCAGUGGCCGUCUCCUGCCUGUUUCCCCUCACCAUGUGGCUCCAGGAUGUGUUUGUGGGUCUCAACCUCAGUGGGGUACUGCUCCUCACCUUCAUUACUCUACUGAUGAUGGAUCUACUGAAGAACAGAAACCCCCCCAACUAUCCUCCAGGACCUCUAGCUCUCCCGUUGGUGGGCAACGUUUUCAACAUUGACCCCAGGCAACCUCACAUUUACCUAACCAAGAUGGCCGUUGUUCAUGGGAAUGUGUUCAGCAUGCGUCUGGGGAGAGACAAGACAGUGUUUGUGUCCGGGUACAAGAUGGUGAAGGAAGCCAUCGUGACGCAGGCAGACAUCUUUGUGGAUCGACCCUACAGCCCUAUGGCUACCAGGUUGUACUCAGAGAACAUAGGGGGGUUCUUCUUCAGCAAUGGGCCACUGUGGAAGAGGCAGCGGCGGUUUGCCAUCGCCACGCUACGCAGCCUGGGACUGGGGAGGAGCUGCCUGGAGGACAGCAUCUGUGAAGAGAGCCAUCACCUGCAGCUGGAGAUGGAGGGCAUGAGAGGUGAGCCAUUUAACCCGGCGCAAUUGUUCAACAAUGCCGUGGCCAACAUCAUAUGCCAGAUGGUGUUUGGAAGACGUUUCGAGUACGACGACAAGAACUUCCAGACCAUGCUGAAGAACUUGAUUGAACUGGCCCAUCUGGAAGGUUCUAUCUGGGCUCACUUGUACGAUGCCUUCCCUACCCUGAUGAAGCACCUACCUGGCCGCCACAAUGAGAUCUUCAGCAACUUCCGAUCCCUGGAAACUCUUAUCCGUGGAGAGCUGGAGAGACACAAGCUGGACAUGGACCCCAGCAACCCCCGGGACUACAUGGACGCUUUCCUCAUCGAGAUGAAGAAGCACAGAGAAGCCCCUGAGCUGGGUUUUGAUGAAGACAAUCUUGUUCUGUGUUGUCUGGACCUCUUCCUGGCUGGAAGUGAGACUACAUCCAAGACUCUGCAGUGGGCCCUCAUUUACCUGAUAAACAACCCACAUAUUCAGGAAAAAGUCCAGUUGGAGAUAGACACAAUGGUCGGACCGGCCCGAAAGCCCAGCAUGGCAGACAGACCCAGCAUGCCGUACACAGACGCCGUCAUCCACGAGAUCCAGAGGAUGGGGAACAUUGUCCCACUCAACGGGCUCAGAAGGGCUUCCAAGGACACAACUCUUGCGGGAUACUUCAUACCAAAGGGGACAACUUUGAUGCCCAUCCUGACGUCUGUGCUGUUUGAUAAGACUGAAUGGGAGACACCAGAAAUUUUCAACCCUGCACACUUUCUGGAUGCGGACGGAAAGCUUGUGCGGAGGGACGCAUUCCUGCCUUUCUCUGCAGGUAAACGUGCUUGUCUCGGGGAGAGCCUGGCCAGAAUGGAACUCUUCUUGUUUUUCGUGAAUUUGAUGCAGAAGUUCAGCUUCUCAACACCGGAAGGUGUGGAGCUGAGCACGGAAGGAAUCAUCGGAGCCACACGCUCACCCCAUCCGUUCAAGAUAUAUGCCAUGCCCCGCUAAGCUUGUGCAUAAUAACCAACGGACCGGUAGACCAAUACCAAUGGACUUGCUAAGUCUUUACAACUUUGUUCUAUGACGAUGCUUCUGUGAAUAGGGUCUUUACUCCCUUUAAACUCAAACUAACACAAGUAUAUUUAUUAAACCCCUUGCUUUACCAGAGUAUGUGUAAGUAGCAAAGUCAAUUCCAUUUCAAGUUUUCCAGAGAACCAAGCACCAUCAAACUGCGGUAUUUCUUCAGCAAUGCUUGUGCAAUACACUUUGUUUUUCACUUUUAUGGUGCAUUGUAUAAAAAAAAUAAAAAGUUAGGCAACCCACUGUCAAUAUA